UACUUGUGUCUUACCAAAAGUGCACUAGAUACUGUUGACUGGUGAGUACGAGAUAAAUGACACAAUUUCUCACCGUCGUAGCUGGGGCGUAAUAAUAAUGAAGAUGCAAGUGUGCCGCCUUCGCGGCUUCGCCCUUCGCGCGCCAUAAAUCUUUACAAACAAAGGAGAAGAAAUCAUAGCGAAAUUGCUAUCCAUCGAACGGUUGGACUUUACAGGGAGAUACGAUGUUCUCAAUCGCAGCCAUCAACGAUACAGAUUCUAGAAGCCAAUGGGAGCCUCUUGCCCCUACGAAAGAAGCACAGGAAUUUCAUCUUUCACAAACAUAUCAUGAAGGGCUUAUAAAGCUACAAGCCAAAGAAUAUGAAAAGGCCCGUGAACUUCUAGAGUCUGUUUUGAAAGACCCCUUGAUCAUAAAUGAAAAGGUGAAUAGUAGUUCAACCAAUGACCACAUUUCACAGCUAAGAUUUUUGGCACUGAAGAACCUUGCUACCGUUUUUCUUCAACAAGGUUCUGCCUACUAUGAGAAUGCUUUACAAUGCUAUCUUCAAGCUGUUGAGAUUGAUACAAAAGAUUCUGUCAUAUGGAAUCAGCUGGGAACUCUAUCAUGCUCAAUGGGGUUAUUGAGCAUUUCACGCUGGGCUUUUGAACAAGGAUUAUGUUGCAGUCCCAAUAAUUGGAAUUGCAUGGAAAAGCUCUUGGAGGUUCUUAUUGCCAUUGGUGACGAGGUUGCCUGCCUUUCUGUCGCUCAACUAGUUAUAAGGCAUUGGCCAUCUCAUGCUCGUGCUUUGCAUGUAAAAAAUACUAUUCAGGAGUCUGAACCACUUCCCUUCUCCCCAAGAGGUAUAGACAAGCUGGAACCAAAGCAUAUUCGAUUGAAAUUUACAGAUAAGAGAAAAGGAACAGAAGAUGGCCAGAGCGGCAUUGCAUAUAAAAAGUUGAAGCAAUCGAUGGAGUUUCACCUUCCCGAAAUGACUUUCACAUCCCUUGCUGAUGAGCUCCUAAAAAUAUUACUUCCAUUGGCUGAACGUGGUCCUGAACUUGAAAAAGGAAUGUAUAGGUCUGGUGACACUAGAAUUAGUAUACAGGUACCAGGAAUUUUACAAAUGAGUGUAGAUUUAGCACAAACAAGAGAACCUAUUGUCUCUCAUGCCAGUGAAAUCAGUUCCAAUGGUGAUCGCAGUCCUGCUAAAAGUGGCAUUUCAAGAGAAAAGGAAACCAUCAGUAAUGGGGAGCAACCUCAAGAGAGGAGAAGUAGCCGUCUUGAACGGCUCAGGAGUCGAAAGCCAGAUAAAGAAGAAAUAGAUUUUAUGGACAACAAGGAUCUGGCUAAAGUUGUGGAGAAGUUUCUACAACCUUUUGUUGUUAAUGAAAUUGGGGUUAGUGAAUACAAGUGUGAAAAUAGCAGUUCUUUUCAUGGUAAGACCACAGAUGAAUCUAUUUAUUACGAGUGCAAUGAUGUUAUGGACUUCAUCAAGAAAACCAGUAGCAAUAGUGGUGCCUAUCACAUGGGGCACUUGCUUUUACAAGAGGUUUCUGCUAGAGGCAUCCUAUAUCAGGAUGACAUUACUAAAUUGUUGGAUUUAGAGAAGUUGACAAGGAAUUGGGGUCAGGAAAGAACUCCUCAAUGUAGCUUAUUUCUUGCAGAGCUAUAUUAUGAUGCUGCAUUGCGCUCUAGUGAUAAAUCAACAUCGGCACUCUUGAUGUCAGAAACAUCUUACCAUCUUUGUAAAAUAAUUGAAAAUGUUGCAUCAGAUUAUCCACUACACCUUAAUUGUGUGGAUACAAUAGAAGUUCCAAUAAAUUGUUCUAGCAGCACCCUGAAGAAAAACUAUCCCUUUUGGAUACGUUAUUUUUGGUUAAGUGGGCAGCUAUCAAAGUCUGACGGUGACAAAACAAAGGCUCGAGAAGAAUUUUCUAUUUCAUUGGCAUUGUUGUCAAAUGAUGAUAAUAAAAAUGUCUCUCAGCCAGUUUGCUUGCCUCACUGCAAAAGCAUUGGAAACCUAACCGUUGAUAGAGUUCUCCAUGAAAUCCACUUAUUGGAGGUUGAAUUUCUUCUGAAGGAUACUAUAAAUAAAAAAAUUGAUCAAGGUGCAUAUGCUGAAUGCAUAGAAAUACUUGCUCCUCUGCUAUUUUCCUCAAGAGAUGCCCAUCUUGGUGCAUUAUACACCCACAGUCAGAGAUGCAAGUCAGAUGAUGACUUUUGUUCAGUUGAACUAUCUGCAUUAAAUGUUUUACUGAAAGCAUGCCAACACACAAAACCAAUGGAUAUAGAUGUCUACUUAAAGUGUCAUCGAAGGAAACUACAGAUACUGGUUGCUUCAGCUGGCCUGGAAGACUUUCCUCAUUCCCAUAAGACGGAUCUCUCUGUUGGUGAAACACAGUCGAUAGAAAGCCAAAAAAUGCUACAGUGCGAUUUGUUUGCUGAGGAAGUGAAGGCAAUUUCCCAGUUCGUUUCACAGAUAAAGAGCAUCGUGUCUGCAAAUUUAAAUGUUCAUGUUCCAUCAACUAUUCUAUGUGAUAUUCACACCUUGCUACUGAGGCUUAUGUGCAAAAUUGCCAAUGCAUAUUUAUGUCAGGGAUCCUCUUUGUCGGACAGUUCAGAUCAAAACAAACGAAGAGAUAGAAGCUACUUUGUUGAUGUUGCCAUAGCUUUCUGUAAACUUCAACACAUAAUCACCAAUGUGCCUAUAAAAUUUCAGACAGAGUUGAUUGUGGCAGUCCAUGACAUGCUUGCUGAGUUUGGUCUCUGCUGUGCGCGUGGGGAUGGUGAAGUGGAAGAAGGAACUUUUUUGAAAUUUGCAAUAAAGUACCUUUUGGCCUUGGAUAUGAAGCUUAAGUCUAAUUCUCAGCCUGAUCAACUGGCUUCCCAUGUUAGCCAUACCAAGAGGUCUGAGGAGCUUUCUCAUGCUAACCAUUCUGACAGUUCAGUGAAUGAAUUGAAACUAGAUAUGCUGAAUGAGGAAGUACCACAGGCAGACAUAGAUGUAGCUAAGGAAGUACCACAGGCAGACAUAGAUGUAGCUAAAGUAUCUGACGGAAAUACUUCCCCUGAUAAAGGUUUAGAAAAUGAGAAAAUUGAAGUUGCUAAUUUCGAAAAAGUUGGUGAUGGUUCUAGAUCAGGGAAAGCAGAUCAUGUUGUUGAAUGUGAUAGUGAACUGACUAAAGAUGAAAGGGAGGAUCUUGAAGUUGGGAUUGACAAUGCAUUGAACCAGUGCUUUUUCUGUUUGUAUGGUCUAAAUCUCAGGUCCGAUUCAUCUUACGAAGAUGACUUAUCCAUUCACAAGAACAGAAGCCGGUGUGAUUAUCAGACGAAGGAACAAUGUGCUGAUGUUUUCCAAUAUUUACUUCCCUAUGCUAAAGCUUGUUCAAAAACGGGACUAGCUAAACUUAGAAGGGUACUAAGGGCUAUCCGCAAACACUUCACAGAACCACCUGAUGAUAUUUUAGCUGGAAAUGCAAUUGAUAAGUUCUUGGAUGAUCCUGAUUUGUGUGAAGACAAACUAUCAGGGGAAGCAGGAUCAAGUGAUUUUCUUGCUUCUAUGACAAAUAUAAUAUUUCCAGACCCUGGAGGCCUCAAACAACAUAAAGUAUCUUUAGCACAGAGCUCUGAUCCAUAUCUCGAAGUUUAUAGCAAUUUGUAUUAUCUUCUUGCUCAGUCUGAAGAACUUAGUGCCACUGACAAAUGGGCCGGCUUUGUUCUUACCAAGGAAGGAGAUGAUUUUGUGCAACAAAAUGCAAAUCUUUUCAAAUAUGAUUUAUUAUACAAUCCAUUCCGCUUAGAGAGCUGGCAGCGACUUGGAAACAUCUAUGAUGAGGAGGUGGACUUGCUGCUUAAUGAUGGUAGUAAACAAAUAAAUGUGUUGGGGUGGAGGAACAAUUCUAAACUAUCAGAGAGAGUUGAAGCAAGCCGAAGGAGGAGCAGGCGGUGCUUAUUGAUGACCUUAGCUCUGGCGAAGACAGCAGUUCAACAGGCUGAGAUGCAUGAAUUAUUGGCAUUGGUGUAUUAUGAUGGUCUUCAGAACGUAGUACCCUUCUAUGAUCAAAGGUCUGUUGUGCCAUCCAAAGAUGAAAACUGGAUGAUGUAUUGUAAAAACUCAAUGAUGCAUUUCCAGAAGGCAUUUGCACACAAGGAAGAUUGGUCUCGUGCAUUUUACCUGGGAAAACUUUGUGAGAAGCUUGGGCACUCACAUGAUACAGCAUUCUCAUACUAUGCUAAGUCCAUUGCCUUGAAUCCAUUGGCUGUAGAUCCAUUUUACAGGAUGCACGCUUCACGGUUGAAGUUACUUUGCAAAUGCGAGAAGCAAAAUGAAGAUGCUUUAAAGAUUGCUGCUACAUAUUCUUUCAACCAAUCUACAAUGGAGGCUGUAAUGGAUAUCCUUCGGAACACGGGCUCUAAAAUACUUCCUUCUCCGUCUACAAACAAUAGCAGUCAAGUGGAUUUACAUAAACUUGAAGAAGUUUGGCAUAUACUUUACAGAGAUUGCCUUUUGGCGCUUGAAUCUUGUGUGGAAGGGGACCUUAAACAUUUCCACAAGGCUAGAUAUAUGCUUGCAAAAGGAUUGUACAGAAGAAACGGGGAUGGUGAUCUAGAGAGGGCAAAGGAGGAGCUUUCCUUUUGUUUUAAAUCGCACCGUUCUUCCUUUACAAUAAACAUGUGGGAGAUCGACAGUACGGUAAAAAAAGGAAGGCGCAGAACUUCAGGUGUUUCAGGGAACAGGAGAGCCCUGGAAGUUAACCUGGCUGAAAGUUCCAGGAAGUUUAUCACUUGCAUCCGCAAGUACAUCUUAUUCUAUUUGAGGUUGCUGGAGGAGAAUGGAGACGUGUCCACUCUUGAUCGAGCUUAUAUUUCUCUUCGGGCAGAUAAAAGGUUCUCUCUAUGCCUUGAAGAUCUCAUCCCAGUUGUUCUUGGGCGAUAUAUAAUGGCAUUAAUUUUGUGUCUACGCCAAACUAGUGAUGGAUCUGAUUCUACGGACAAUUCUGUAGAGUAUCCUCUGGAGAAAAUGUUUUGUUUGUUUUUGGAACAGACCGGCUUAUGGUCAGAUAUUUGUUGCUUGCCCGAAAUUAGGAGCUCAGAAUUGACAGAAAGCCACUUAUUUGGGUAUAUCUAUGAAUACAUCCAAUUAUUGCAGCGAAAUCUCAAGGUGGAGACGCUUGAAGCGAUACAUGAAAAGAUAAGGAGGCGUUUAAAGAACCCAAAAUUGUCCAACAGUGACUUUGCAAAAGUUUCUAAGUAUGUUUCUGUUGCUUGGUGUCAAUCUCUUGUAAUCAGCAUGGCGUUAAUUACACCACUACAUUCAAGGCUUUCAAGUGAAGCUCAAUCUACCAAUCAGUCUGGGCUAGAAGUAAUGCAUCUGUUGUGUGUUGAUCUGCAACCGGACGAGCUAUGGAGUUCUUCUUCUGAUGACCCCGAUCACAUGAAGAAUCUUCAAAAGAAGUGGAACGCUUUUUUGUUUAAAAUAAAAAAUGUUAUAAUCAAGAGAGCAUCAGAUGAAGAUUUGGAGACCGCUUCUUUGCUGCUGAGAUCCUCUUACAAUUUCUACAAAGAUGUCUCUUGCGCAUUUCUUCCGUCUGGGAUAACACUUUAUGCAUUGCCGCUUCAGUUAGCAGCAGAGACAUAUAUUCAACCUGGCAUAGAAGCGGUUGAUAUACUUGAUUUGAAUACUUCGCGGAAACUUCUUUUGUGGGCCUACACACUUUUGCAUGGUCAAUGCAUGUGCAUCUCCUCUGUGAUAAAGUAUUGUGAAGAGAACUUGAAGACAAGGAUGAAGAAGGGGACUGGAAGUCCUUUCCCCUCAUCUGCAGCUACUACUACUACCACUACCACUGCUUCUCAGUCAGGUUGCGGGAAAGAUGGUUGUGAUCAAGACUCUUCCCCUCUUCUAUCCACUAUGCUCCUCACUUCGUCAGCCGAACCUGACUCUGCUCACAAAACAUCCUUAACUUCACCAGAGGUUGAUAAGUGAUGAAGGAGAUAAUUCUGGGAACACCAGUGUUUUCAUCUUUUCCUAACUAGCGUUUCCCUCAGGUUUUUAUUUCUGUUUUUAAUUGCUACAUCCUUUAUGAUUCACCGUAUCAAUACUUGGAAUUGCAAGCAGGAUGUGAUUGUUAACUGCGCCUUAGUGUAUGUACAAAGCAAACAACAGUUAACCAAGUAUGUAUGUGCAAUCUUUCAGUUUGUAAGUCAUUUUUUCAAUUAACCAACUAUUUACUGUGCAAGACAUGUGCCAACAAAUUUUGAGUUUUUGCUACUUUUGGUCCUCCAAUUUUAUGUAACUAUUGUGGGAAAGAUAUUUUUAUAUUCGU